AUUCCAAAACACAAGCAUGGUGCCCUUCCCUUCCUCUCUCCCUCUGCUUCUUCUCCUCUCUCUAAGUCUCCUCGGCCUCCAAAAGCCCACAACUGCGUUACCACUCUUCACGAGCUCCCGGUGGAUCGUAGACGAGUCCGGCCAGCGUGUGAAGUUGGCAUGCGUGAACUGGCCGUCGCACCUGGACACAGUGCUGGCUGAAGGCAUGGGCAAGCAGCCACUGGACACCAUUUCUAAGAAGAUAGCCUCCAUGGGCUUCAACUGUGUCAGGCUCACCUGGCCUCUCUUCUUGGCCACCAACGAUUCCCUGGCCAACCUCACCGUCCGACAGUCCUUCCAAUCACUCGGUCUCGCCGAGUCCUUUGCUGCCAUCCAAGUUAACAACCCAGCUCUUGUGGAUCUUCCGCUGAUCCAAGCAUUCCAGGCGGUGGUGACCAACCUUGGAGAAAACAACAUUAUGGUGAUACUAGACAAUCAUAUAAGCAAGCCUGGGUGGUGCUGCAGCAACUUUGAUGGCAAUGGGUUCUUUGGAGACAAGUACUUUGAUCCAGAUGUCUGGGUCAAGGGGCUGACAAGAAUGGCUACAAUGUUCAAUGGCACGACCAAUGUAGUUGGGAUGAGCCUAAGAAACGAGCUCAGAGGAGCCAGGCAAAAUGCUACAGAUUGGUACAGGUACAUGCAAAGGGGUGCAGAAGCAGUGCAUUCAGCAAAUCCAAAUGUUCUUGUUAUACUGUCUGGGCUGAGUUUCGACACUGAUCUGAGCUUCCUUUCGAAGAAACAAGUCGAGGUAACAUUCACCGGAAAGCUUGUUUUCGAGCUACAUUGGUAUUCUUUCUCCGACGGCUCGGCCUGGGCAAAUGGAAACCCAAACCAAGUGUGUGGAAGGAUUGCUGCAAAUGUGAUGAGGAGGGCAGGAUUCCUGCUAGAUCAGGGGUGGCCCUUGUUCUUGAGUGAGUUUGGAGUGGAUCAAAGGGGUACCAAUGUGAACGACAACCGUUACUUGGGCUGCAUGCUAGGAGUUGCAGCUGAAUUGGAUUUAGACUGGGCUCUCUGGGCCUUGCAAGGAAGCUACUAUAUUAGAGAAGGGAUUCGAGGCUUGGAUGAGGUGUAUGGUGUUCUGGCCUGGGAUUGGUGCAAGACUAGGAACUCUAGCAUGUUGCAAAGGAUUCAAGCUAUACAAGCUCCGUUCCAAGGUCCAGGGCUUUCAGAUAUUCAACCUUAUACAAUAAUCUUUCAUCCAUCAACUGGUUUAUGUGUUCUAAAGAAGUCCUUAUUUGAGCCACUUGAGCUAGGCCCUUGCAAUGAAUCAGAAGCCUGGACAUUCUCAGCGGAACAAACCAUAGCACUGAAGGAUACACUGCUUUGUCUGAAAGCUGAUGGCGCGGGCAAACCAGCGAAGCUUGGAAUCAUUUGCAGUGACACUCAAUCUAAAUGGGAGUUAAUAUCAGACAGCAAGAUGCAUGUGUCUACAAACAUUUCAUCCAAUGCUAGCAGUUUGUGCUUGGAUGUCGACUCUGAUGGUAAGAGUAUUGUUACAAAUCCAUGCAAGUGCCUGAGCAAAGAUCAAUCGUGCGAUCCUGAGAGCCAAUGGUUCAAGAUGGUUGACAGCACUAGGCCCACCAUAUACAAGAAUUCACCUAUGGAAUUACAAUUACAAGUAGGAAGAUGGAAAAUUUUCUGGGAUUUCAUCAUCAAGGUUUCCUUAUGAGUAGAAGCUAUACCAUGGAUAAUUUGCAGCGGAUUGUUUAAUCUAUAUCGUAUCGAAUUCAUACUCUUUGAAACAGGCUAAAAUUUAAUAAAUCAAAUCUU